GGUUGAUUUUGCAACUGCCUUACAAAAAGAAAAAUUGGUUGCAUAUUCGAUCAUCUGUUAAAAUGUAGUCUAAAAUAUAGUAAGCUAUGAGUACCAAAAUUUUAGAGACCAUUGGAAGAAAACUGAACAGAAAACAGAUGAAAUAAAAUACAAAUUCUACUAUAACUUUGGUGGAAUAUGCCUGUAUGUGAAAUUUGUGGAGCAGAAGAAUUUGAUCUUCAUGAUGGCCUUUAUUUUUGUAUGACUUGUAAUACACAAACUACACAAAUUUUAGAGGAAGAGGGUGAAGAGGAACCAAAUAGUCAGAUACUGGGCCUGGCUAUUAAAGAAAAGAGAUGUGAAAGAACAGUUGAAGAAGAUUGGGGUGACCAGUGGUUUACACUUGAAGCAUAUAAUAUUAUUAUCUGUAAACAAGUGCAUGCACUAAUAAACUUAGGUGCUUCACCAAAACUAAAGGAUGUUGUUUUUAACCUUUGGGCAAGAUAUAUCCAGAAAUGUGAGUUUGCUUUCAAUAAAGAAGAAUUGAAUGAGGAUACACCAAAAAUUCCAGUAUACCCUAACCACAGAGAUCUACUAGUUCUUCAAGAUGAGAAAAAAAUCCCACAGACUUGUCUUUUCCCUAAAGUGGUUCGACAAAAGAAACCAAAGAAGAGGAGGAAAAAAAUGUUGAAAAAAACUGAAAAUUCUAAAAAGAAAAGUAAGAAGGAAAAUUUAGCAAAUGAAGACAGUAACAUGAAAAAAAACAGCCAUGGAAUAGAUGGUGUGUUGGAAGGUUUAACCUCAGAUCAGACUUUCAUUGAACUUGAAUCUAGGCCUUCUUCAACAAACAAAAGAAGUUUGCCAAUGAACGUCUUCUCUGCUCGUGCCCAAUUCAUGAUAAAGAAGCAUGGGAGAAGGACAUUGUGGAGCUCCAGUAACUUAAGAACACGAAGUACCAAAGUCGAGGUGAUGACAUUAAUAAAGACUGUGAGCUUUUGUUGGCUUGGCUUGCUGCUUCUCAAGGAUCAGGUGCUUCUGUCUGAUUUUCUAAGGUGGUCCAGAGAAGGGAAGAUCCCACUUUAUGAUGCUUACCAUUACCUACCAGCAAGAAUGAAACUUCAAUGGUUUGAUUGGAACUCACUGGAUUUGAACGUUUUGCCUUCCAUUGACCACAUCUAUGGAAUAACAAGCAAACUUGCUUUUUUCCUGGAACUAUAUAAACUUCCACCUUAUCCCAUAAUGCCUCUGGUUUCUCGAUUUGUGAUGGAUCUUAAUUUACCAGCUGAACUUGUUGACAUUGUUCAAAAACUAGCUGAAAAAACUGGAGAAACAUACAUACAAUGGGAAUAUCAAACUAGGAGUGCUCGUGGAAGGAUCUCUCUUAUAUAUAGCCCUGAGGGCCGAGCUAUUAGUCUAAUUCUUGUUGCCCUGAAGCUACUAUUUGGACUAGAUGGAAAAACAGAGAAAAAACUUAGCAAGUAUGGUGAAAAGAUGACAGCAGCACUUCCAAAAAAUUCAGGUAUCAACUUAUUUUUGUGGAAUGUGUGGGAAGAACAUGUGAAGAUGGUUUUGGAAUAUUUAGAAAUUAAGAAUAUGACCUCUUUAAAUUUGAAUCCAAAAACACCAUUAGAUCUGGAUUUGUUUAGCUCAUUCAGUGAAGAGAUUUUGCAAAAGCGCCACACCAAAGAAAAUUGUUCGAGAAAAAAUAAACGAAAAUUAUCCAGUUAUAAGGUGCAUGGAGUGAUAAAGAACAUUCUUCAUAAACUUACAGUUCCUAUGAGGAAUACCCCACUGUGUCCGUCGACUAGUUUUCCUCUGUCCAAAACAUUAUUGCACUAUGUAACCCACACACUGCGUAAUGCAUCUAGCAGUUCACAAGUCUCUUCUCUCAGUAAACUAUUUUAUCGAUUUUCUUCAUCAACCCUUCUCUACUUAACUAACACUGCCAGAUUCCAAGAUAUUGUCUCAUCAAAGAUUACUACAUGCACAACUAGAACAGCCUCCUCUGAAAGCACAGAAUUCCAACAAGCUUCAGAUAGGGUUUGUGUAACUACUGAAACAAUUCCAAAUUCUUUUUAUAGAACCCUAGGGAAAGACAGUUUAAGAACAUAUAAAAAAUCAAAUGGAAGGACUAGUCUAGGUGAAGUACUUUUAGAUCACGAUGAGUUUGCUUGUUCUCAGAGCAGUGUACAUGAUCCAUAUGAUUUUCAUUAUGAUUUUGAACAAGAAAACAUUCUGAAUGGAGAAAAUGUACUUAAUAACAUGAAAACUGAUUUGCCAUUGAUUGCCAAUGAAACAUUAUUAGCUUCAAUAGAUAAUUGGAGUAAAAAAAUAUCAAGAAUUAAACCACACAAAAGUUACUGGAUAAAACACUUUCAUAAGGUAGGUAAGCAAGAUGCAGAAAAGCUACCCAGUGUUUUCUGCUGGCUUCUAAACCUGUGUGGUUUUGUAACUGAAAUGAGUAAUUCUGAAGUGUAUAAACAAGUAAUUAUUGUUGAAAAACUUUUAGGUUUACACAACAGAACGUCUGAUAAAAUGUCAAAGAUAAGAAAUCUUUCUUAGAUAUAUGUUCAAAUACUGACUAUGCAUGGAACUUAAUUUAUUUUGCUCUGGUAUUGUUCUACCACUUUGAUGUAUUAUGAAACAUGAACUUGUUCUUAUUGCCAUAUGUUUUGUAAUUUCUUGUUACUUCUUCUUUACAGGAACUCAAUUAUUUUUUAUUUUGCAUUUUUCUAGCAAGUUAUAGCAACAUCCAUAUAAUCAAUAUUUCUGUUUUUAAUCAAAGUUCGAUUAUAGGAUAUUUUAAAGUUUAGUCAAACAGAGCAGGAGUCUAAAAGAUUGAAAUUUAGCAUUAGUAAAAUUUCAAGAAGCAUAAACAUUUACAUUUUGUUAUUAAAUUUUUUUAAUAAGUUAGUUAAUGUUGAUCAGGCAUCAUGUAAAAUUAGAGUUAAAAUGAUCUAGUAUCCUAGAGCUUUCAGAAUGCAAGAGUUCCUUCACUAGGAGCGAACGAGGGAAAAACAUUUUCCAUUAUUCUCAUUUCAAUAUUGUUGAAGAAAGCUCAGUCUUUAAAAAAAGUUUGAAAUAUCAGAUAUUCAUACAUAAAAAAAUAUCUAUUUUUGUGAUUACACCUAUUUAUCUAGUACUUACUCAUGGAAGUAAUGUGUGAUCAUAUUCUUUGAAGGAAUUUUGAAAUAUAAAUAUAUUUUUUCAGUGUUACGGUUUUUAAUUAUACACCUACAUGUUGUGGAUUGUGCAUUAUUUUGUGUACAAUUUCUUGUCUUGGAAAUUUUGCUUUGGAUAUUUAACCCUCACUACAGACAGGUCAAAAGGCACAUGUCACGAAGUUUUCAAAUUAUUUUCAGAGUUUAAUUAAAGAACUUUUUUAAUGAUAUUUAGGUUUUAACUUCUUAAUUAAAUUUUUUUUUUAAAUACUGAUUAUGGGCUGUCUUCUUGUUCAGUUUAUAUAUUAUUGCAUCUCCCAUACAAUGUCUAUGAAUAAUAAACUCGAAUUCCAAACAUAUA